CAUUACCCGAUUACCCACCGGCAAAUUCAUCGUUCCCUAAUGAUUUGCAAAGCGGCUCCUUCAUCAUCACUGAAGAGAGAUCUGUGAUGGAAGGGUCAGAGGCGCAGCCGCUGACUCAUCCAGUAGGGGACCGCCCGAGCCGGCGCUCGUGUCUGCUCUCGCGUGAUGCCGUCCCUGCCAUCGGCAUAUGCAUCCUCAUCAUCGGAUCUAUCGCCACGGUAAUUGAUCAGACAACUUUUUUUUUCGCUGUCGCGCUUGGUUGGUGCAUUUUCUGUGACGUCUGCGUGUGUGCCAGGUGUGGUCUGUCGGCAAGAAGAACAUCGUCAAUGAGGUCAAACACGGACAAACACACACGAAGAGCAAUAUUGAGAGCACGGUCGGAGCAUCUGUGGGCAUGCUGCUGUUGCUGUGUCAGGCCAAAGUGUGGUUCGGGGGUGAGGAUUGGCAGGAGCAUCCACUCAAAAACGGCACGCUGGCCACAUGCAUAUUCACGCUGGGCGUCGUCCUAUGCAUACCGGUCGGCUACCGCUGCAAACGGAAGAAUGGGAAGAAAUCAGUGCAGAGGUAUUUCUUUUCCGCAGGUUUCACUGAUGGAGCUAGCCUAUGGCGCGUUUUUCCGAUGGUAAGCACUCGAUCCAAGCGUUCGCGACAGCCAGCUGUGUGUGUGUGUGUGUGGCAGGUGGGCGCUGGUCAUCUGUCUGAUUGGCAAGACCGUCGGCAGCAUGAUAUCUUUCGGCAUUGGGAAGGUGGCGUGCAAAGGAGCUUUCGAAUCGCUCAUGCAGAAGUGAGCCGAACCGAACACAAAACGUCCUUACAAAACGUCCUUCCAUCCCUCCUCUUUGUGGGCGGCCUCGUUGUCCAGCAAUCGCCACUUUCAGUUUGUGGCAUCCCUUGUGCGUGGCGAGGAGCUCUGCAAUUUACUGCUCAUACGGGCGACCUACGUGCCGAUAUGGAUCAAAAACUACGGUGAGUACAGUCACAGACACGGGCAUAAACUCCUGUGAUUGCUGUCACCCGUCUGUCUGUGGGUCCGUCCCAUGCAUGGUUCAGGCAUGGCGAUGUUAGAGGUGAGUUGGUGGAACUUCUUCAUCGCCGUCAUGAUAUGCGGCCCGCCUUACACACUCCUCUCUGUCUCCGUCGGGGCCACCGCAAGGGACUUCGUCGACGCAAUCAACACCAGCAGCACACGUGAGCUCACUCACACCACAACACACAACACGCCAUUGGUCCUCUGAAUCAACUCUCUCUUGUCUGUCUGUCUGUCUGUCUGUCUGUCAGACCCUCUGCGUCUCGCGGGUCUCUUCUUGUCGCUGGUCUUUACCAUUCUGCUGGCGUAUUUCUUCCACAAGCAGUACAAGCGGAUGAUCAUGUCCCGCGCCAGCCACGCCGCACGCAACGACGGCCAGAGUCUCGAGGAGGGGCCGGCACCCGAACAGCAUGACAUCGGCGAAAAUGGAGCUAGGGAGCCGAGCUUCACGACAACGGAGCCCGCCAGGCAGCCCCACGUCUACUGAAGACGUUGGAGUGUACGAAGACUCGUAUACACAUGCGCACUGUGUAUUCGCUACUCUUGUCUGAUCGGCUGCACCGGAGUUUUUCGCCUUUUGCACGCGCGUUGACUUGACACACCUGCCAUCCGUCCUGCAUGCCUUAAGCGCUUGAGGUUUUGUCACGGCUAAUGAGGUGGUGAAGUCAGAAGAGGCCAGGACCGGGGCAGGGGCAGGUGAGUGACGCAUGCAUGUGCUCCGUGCAGACCUACCUGUGUGUGUGUGUUGGGGUGUGUGUGUGUGUGUGUGACUUUUGUCGGUUUUGU